CCUGUAGUACUCUACAGCACACCGACCACCGACCACCACCAACGCGAACUUUCAUCCUCCCCGAAUCCCAAUCCAUUGCUUCUCCAUGCUCCGAUAGCUCACACGCGUAUACUCGAUCACCACUCAGCUCAUACUCGCACAACAUGUCCUCCGCAAUGGCGCUCCCCUCGACCGCCGCACGCUCUUCCUCUCCAUUGCCACCCGCAGCCAAAAAAGCUCCAUCGGUAGCUCUCCAAAAACGACCCAAGAACCGUUCCCCAACCGUUGCCCGCUUCAUAGUCGACGAGCUGCGUGGAGACGCCGGAUUUGUCUCGGAGGACAUCUGGCGCGACGUGUUUGGUUUCCAGAAGAAGGCGGUGGUGGCGGACAGGAAGCUGGAAGAUAUCGACCUCAAUGAGGAAGUCGAAGAUGAACCUCUACCACCCACUCUAUAUAUCGCCAUCGCGCCUCUGGCCUCUGCCGCUAGCGUUAAGAAGUGGACGAUCCUUCCCGUUACAUUAAUGCCCACAAGCUCGCAGUUCCCUUCGCUUCCGCCAAACACCGUGCUCAUCCCCGACUCGAUGAACAUGGGUGCGCUAGAAAGCGUACGGCUGCCCAACAAGCGACCGGUUGGAGUACUAGUGACCGCAGUAAACCCGACAUAUCUGGACACUGUCAUAGUCAAUGUUAGGACCGUGCCGGGUAUCAAUAGUCCGGAGACGGAUCAUGACAUCGAGGACCGCGUCAAGGAUGCUUUGUCGAAGCUGAAGGUUAUUCAUUCGGGGGAAGUGCUGCGACUUAGCUAUGGCCGUGCGGUAGUUGGUCGGACUGCGCGGAUUGCGUUGACAGAGCCCGUUAACCAGGGAUUUCUGAAGCCGGAUACGAAGGUUGUGGUUGUGAAGGAGCAGGCGCGGAGGCGGCGGAGAGGUGGGCUAGCGGGCGCUUCUGGCGUUAUUCUUGCUGGAGGGGACAUGGAGGAAUCAGAUGCAUCGGCAGACUCAUUGGUUCUGAGCGACGACGACGAAGACGAGGAUGCACUGGAGUUUUCGACCUUUUUGACCGCUCCCUCAACUACUACUUCUGUUUCUUUCCCCAGCAUUUCGCCGACCCCCACACUCAUGCGAAACGGGAUUGCAUCGCCUAAUUCAAAUGGACCCAUGCCGAAGUCUGCGGGGCGGGUUUUCCAGCCCCAACCACUGACUUCGCCUGUACCUCCAGGAUACCUGCAUCCAAAGCCGAGGGAGGGCGACGAUGAUGAGGCCAGAGUGUUCGUGAAAGUGGGAGAUUUGGCAAAGCUGGGAUGCUUUUCCGGGGAUUGGAUAAAGAUCUCUGUUGCGGCCACGUCUAGCGAUGACAUAUCAACCUCUCCAUUGCGGACUGCCGCAGAGAGUGUGGCUAGGGGACAAAACUUUCGACCUCAGAGUAGCGGUGGGAGUGUACGCAAUGGGAGCAGAGGGUUCCCUGCGCGGGACGAAUCCGGUGUGCAUAACGAAGAAAAGGAACAAAUUCCGGGCAGGCCAGUGAGAGUUUUCUCUCUCCCAGAAUCAUGGGAAGCGGCAACGAACACGUCCAAGAGUCCAAAGGGCAAAGGGAAAGUCUUCAGCAUUGGCGGAGCGGACGGGAGAAUCGUCUAUCUGUCGCCUGUACUGCUGGCAAACCUUUUGCCCGAUAAUUCGACAGCUGACUUGCUGUUGUCUCCGCUCCCUACAACUGCGCCCGCGGUAUCAUCUGUCCUUCACUCCCAAGCUCCGGCAUUUCCGCCUCCCGCCAAAGAGGUCACGCUGCUACGUAUUGCGUCGCCAACGUCGACUGACCGCGCACUGCAACCGUCGCUGCUGCUCCAGCUAAAAUCUUACUUUGAGUCCUGUCGAAGGCUGGUUAAGAAGGGGGACUUGAUUGCGGUCAGCAUCGAUGAAGUCCUUGCGCGCAGUCUUUACGGCGAAGUGAGUGAAGACGGGGUGACCGAGGAGCUCCUUGCUUCUACGGACGCCGGGCGCAAGAAUUGCGUUGCAUGGUUCCGAGUUGGGAGUAUUGUGUCCUCCGCUGCCGAUGAAGGGGAUGGAAAAGACGGCCGCUCAUCCUCGCGGCGUGGGGACGUGAAACAGUCAGGGGAGGAGGGAGAUGUCUGGGAAGGGGUGGUCUUUGUCGAUCCCGCGAGCACACGGAUGGUCCAGGCUGGAAGCGAGAAGCGCAAGAUUCCUCCUACGAUACACUCGACCUGGGAAAACUACCUUGGUCUCCGUCCGCCGCCCCUCCGUGAAGCCACGGUGCUGGGACGUCCGGUGCAGAUCACCAUGCCGGAGCGCUUUGUUAGUCAGACUCAUCGUCGAUUGAGAGAGUUGAUUGCCGCCGCCACAUCGCCGAGGGCCAUUAAGAUGAACCUACAGCCACUUGCAAUACUGGUCACUUCGACGCAGAGAGACAUUGGAAAGCGAACUCUCGCACGUGCUGCAGCCGCCGAUGUUGGAGUCCAUGUCUUCCACAUUGAUGCGUACGACAUCAUCGCGGACGGAGGUGCCGGCGAUACGAAAACGGAGGCUUUCCUUCGGGCCCGUGUCGACCGUGCACUAUCGUGCGGAAAGGAGACGUGUGUCCUCUUGAUCUCCCACGUCGAGGCUCUUACUGCCGGUCGGAUGGGUGAGGUGCUCAAAGAUAUUGUUGCAGACAUGAAGAUUGUCGUUGCAACUACAACUGAAGUGGACAAAUUGUCGGACACGGUCCGCAACGUGUUUACCCAUGAGCUUGAAGUUAACGCUCCAGACGAGAAGGAGCGUGCUGCCCUCCUGUCGGCCAUCGUCGACGAGAAAAAGAUCCGCGUCGCAUCAGAUGUCGCACUCUCCGCUAUUGCCGUAAAGACUGCCGCAUUGGUCGCCGGAGAUCUAGCAGAUGUUCUGGACCGCGCGGUGGCUGCCUCGAAGAGCCGUGUCGCGGCUCUUGCGAAACGGUUGAAGAAAACUUCGCCGCCCUGCCCGUCUCACGAGAUACCGACUAUACAAGACCUCCAAUUUGCCGGUGGUGAUGCCGUCACUUCUGUUUGCCGUGUUGACUUUGACGUGGCUGUUGAAGCCGCACGCAGGAACUUCUCGGACUCCAUCGGCGCGCCCAGGAUCCCCAACGUGUCCUGGGACGACGUUGGUGGUCUUGCGAACGUCAAGUAUGCAGUUAUGGAGACGAUUCAGCUCCCCUUGGAGCGGCCCGAGCUUUUCGCCAAGGGAAUGAAGAAGCGAAGUGGUAUUCUCUUCUACGGCCCACCAGGAACUGGAAAGACGCUGCUCGCCAAGGCCAUCGCUACCGAAUUCUCGCUCAACUUCUUUUCCAUCAAGGGACCCGAAUUGCUCAAUAUGUACAUCGGAGAGUCCGAAGCCAACGUCCGUCGAGUAUUCCAGCGUGCCCGUGAUGCCAGGCCUUGCGUCGUCUUCUUCGACGAGUUGGAUUCCGUCGCACCCAAGCGAGGAAAUCAAGGUGACAGCGGUGGUGUCAUGGACCGUAUCGUAUCCCAGCUCCUCGCCGAACUUGACGGCAUGAGCGAGGGCAAAGAAGGCAGCGGUGGUGUCUUCGUUAUCGGCGCCACCAACAGACCCGAUCUCCUCGACCCGGCGCUUCUGCGUCCCGGCCGUUUCGACAAAAUGCUGUACCUUGGUGUCUCCGACUCGCACGAGAAGCAGCUCACCAUUCUCGAGGCACUCACGCGGAAAUUUGCGAUCGAGGAUGGCUGCAAUCUCAUGAAGGUCGCAGAAACUUUGCCGUUUACAUACACCGGUGCGGACCUGUACGCACUUUGUUCAGACGCUAUGUUGAAGGCUAUAACGAAGCAGGCGAGAUAUGUCGAUGAGCAAAUUCGCAAUAUGGAACAGCGCGGGGAAGGGAAGGUGUCUACGGCGUGGUGGUUCGAUAAUGUGGCUACCGAGGAUGACGUCAAGGUCGUCGUCAGAGCUGAUGACUUUGAUGAGGCUAGACGUGAGCUGGUGGGGAGUGUUAGUGCCAAGGAAUUGGAGCACUACCAGCGUGUGCGCGCGCAAUUUGAGCAACCCGAUCCGAAGCCAGAAAAAGAAGAAAAAGAAGAUAAAGGGAAAGGCAAGGCCGCCAACUACCCUGACUCCGACGACGAUGAUGAGAAGCCCACCUACACGACCGGAGGAAAAGGAAAAGGAAAAGCGGUCAUGCUCGAACAGGAUGGCCACGAAAGAGAGUUCAGACCCAAUGGGUGGGAGGACCCGGCAGGAAACGACGAUGACGAGCUCUACGGAGAGUAAAUGUGGAGAGAUACCUAUUUGUAUUUGUUUCUUUUGUUUGCAUACCCGUACGGCGGAUACCAGGAGUGAUGUUUUGGAUGUCGAUGUCGAUGUGGAUAGGUAAUGGACGAAUCAGGAGUGGAGUGGACUCCAUAUUUAGGAUUUACAGCUUGGUGAAGAACGGUGCACUGGGCCAUAAUCAGGCGUGACUCUAGGCAAUCACCUUUGACUGUCUGCUCUUGAGUACUUGUAGA